AUGAGUGAGCAGGAGGUCAUAUUUUCAACUGUGAAAUUUCAUAAGAAUUCAAGGUCACAGAACCAAAUGAGGCCUGAGGAGACUCAAGGGCCCAGAGAAACUGGCGACCAAGUGUGUUCAGUCCCCUGGAAGCUCAUUGUGAUAGUUCUUGGAAUCCUCUGUUCCCUUCGACUGGUAAUUUUUGCAGUGCUGGUGACAAACAUUUUUCAGUAUAGUGAAGAAAAACAUCAACUGCAGGAAACUCUAAACAACCUUCACCAUAACUACAGCUCCAUGAAAAAUGAAAGCUAUUUAAAGGAGGAGAUUCUGAGAAAUAAUUCUAUAGAAUGUAAUUCCUACAAAAAUCUUCUGGAUACCCUCAAAAGACAACAGAACAGAUGCCACAGGAAAAUCAAGAUUGAUUUAGAUUGCUUACAGUACAAAGGCAAACACGUAGAAGGACACUUAUUCUGCUGUGGCAUAAAAUGCUAUUAUUUCAUCAUGGACAAUAAAAUGUGGAAUGGAUGUAAGCAGACUUGCCAGGGUUGCAGCUUAUCUCUUCUGAAGAUAGAUGAUGAAGACGAACUGAAGAUCCUUCAGCUCCAGGAUAUUCCAGGCAGUUACUGGAUUGGAUUGAAAUAUGAUAAUAGAAAAAAUACAUGGGCAUGGAUUGACAGUGGCCCAUCUAAACUUGCCUUGAACAUAAUGAAAUACAAUAAAAAGGAUGGAGAAUGUAUGUUCUUAUCUAAAACAAGACUAGAAAAUACUAAAUGUGAAUCGUCCUACCCCUGUAUUUGUGAGAAGAGACUGGCUAAGUUUCCUGAUUGACUUGCCUACAGAGUUAAAAGACUUAAUCCACUGUGCAAACAAAGAGAUGAGC